CGCGGUGCUGACGCACGCUUGCGCACACAACCCAGCCUGGCGCGUCGCACGCAGCAGCCGCGAGCCGGGCUGCGGGUGCCAGGCGGUUCCCCGCGGGGGGCAGGGGCGGGACUCUCGGCAGAGGAGGUGCGGUCCCAGCUGGGUCAGGUUGGGGACCUCAGAUCGGGCUGCUGGAGUCUGGGGGUUCGGGUAGGGCUCUCCAGGCCUGCGGCGAAAUAACCCCGGGCACGGGCCUACGGGACCCGAUAAGGCUGUAAAGGAGCCUAAUCAUCGGCUGCAGGCGCGGCUUCCACCUCGCAGCGCCUUCUGCAUCUCCCCCGCCCCGCACCGGGGGUUGCAAGCGCAGGGAACUGCGGUGCUUCACUCGGCCUGAUCCCUUCUCUCCCGCAGCCCGGAGGAGGGCCGCCUGACGGCUGAGUUGCCAUGGCAUCCUACUACGAGAUUCUAGACGUACCGCCGAGUGCGUCUGCUGAUGACAUCAAGAAGGCGUACCGGAAGAAGGCUCUGCAGUGGCACCCGGACAAGAACCCAGAUAAUAAGGAGUUUGCUGAGAAAAAAUUUAAGGAGGUGGCCGAGGCCUAUGAAGUACUAUCUGACAAGCACAAACGGGAGAUCUAUGACCGCUAUGGCCGGGAAGGGCUGACGGGGGCAGGAACUGUUCCCUCUCAACCAGAAACUGGUGGGAUGGGACCUGGCUUCACAUUCACUUUCCGUAGCCCGGAGGAAGUCUUCCGGGAGUUCUUCGGGAGCGGAGACCCCUUCUCGGAGCUCUUUGAUGACUUGGGCCCCUUCCCAGAGCUUCAGAACCGGGGUUCCCGACCCACUGGUCCUUUCUUUGCCUUCUCUUCCUCCUCUCCUGGCCACUCUGAUUUCUCCUCCUCAUCUUUCUCCUUCAGCCCUGGGGCUGGUGCUUUUCGUUCUGUUUCAACAUCCACUACCUUUGUCCAAGGACGCCGCAUCACCACGCGUAGAAUCAUGGAGAACGGGCAGGAACGGGUAGAAGUAGAAGAGGAUGGACAGCUGAAGUCAGUUUCCAUCAAUGGUGUCCCAGAUGAUCUGGCACUAGGCUUGGAGCUGAGCCGCCGUGAGCAGCAACCUUCAGGCGCCUCCAGGCUGGGGGGCACACAGGUCCGGCCGACCGCUGUUUCCCGUCCCACUGACAGCGACCUUUCUGAGGAUGAGGACCUGCAGCUUGCCAUGGCCUACAGCCUAUCAGAGAUGGAAGCAGCUGGGCAGAAGCCAGCAGCCUGCCCUGGCCACAGGACUAGGCAGAGAUGUGUUCUGAGCUGGAUACCCUGGAUACAGAGCUGCUGCAGUUCCACCAGGACAGCGCCCUCCCCAGUGUGCUAGGAGGGAACACUACAUCCCCCUGCCCCACUUAUGCUGAGUGUAGGGCUGGGGCCUGGGGGUGGGUGGGGACAGAGUGGGAGGCACCCAUAGUCUUCCUAGCCUCUGAACACUCUCCCCUGGGUGCUUAGUGCUAUCUUUUGCGGAUUACAAGUCCCAGAGUGCAAUGCACCCUGGCCUCCUUAGCUCUUAUCCCACGGGAAGUGGUGCUUCUUGGGAUAUGUAGUUCUAGCCCUGGCCAGCCUGCCAAUCUGAAUGGGGAGAUCUCAUCUUCCAUCUUGUCCCUGGAAGGGGUGGUGAGAAUUGUGGAUGAAGGAGAAAAGACCAGAACCAUAGUUCUGAUACUUCUUGCUAGACCCAGGUUAGAGUGAGCACAUCCAAGUCCUGUAGCCUCUGGAAGGUUGUUUCCAUUGGGCAACCUGGGGUUCCAGGACUAAGCUAGUGGGACGGUGGCCUGAGUAGGUGUGGUGUGGUCCUGGAAGGCUGAUGGCUGUGGCUGGCAGAGCGUGGGAGAGGAGGCUGUCUUGGCUGGAGUGUGUAUGGCAAAGACUGGCAUGCAGAGGAAGUGUUGGACAUACUGCUUGAAUGGCUUUCUUUGACCUCUGACCUUGCUGCCCAUUCUUUCUUAUCAUCAUUCAUCCCCCAUGAGCCACCUGUCCUCCUGCCCGGGGAGUCCACGGUCAGUGAGGGGAUUGGUGGAACAGGCUGUGGCCAGCCCCUGUAACGCUGAGCCUCUGAGGCCUGUCAAAGCCAGAUGAACUGAGCUCAGACUCAGGGAAAAAAGGAAGUUAAUAAAGCUGAAUUUUAAGAGCUUAGUGCCCUGCGUGC